UUUCGCUUACUUAAAAUACCCAAGUGUAUUUUUAUAUCUUCCCCUAUUGUUUUGGUUUCAUUAUUACAUCGGCAGACGUAUGUAUCGAUAACCAAAGAUCGAAAUGUAAACCAAUAAGUUCAUCAGUAAUUUAGCCUGUUCGGCGCGUGUAUAUAUGAAAACUAUGGCCACGCGUCAGUCUUCAAAACCUUCUGCAUCCAGUGAAGUACCGUUUCAAGGAACAAGCGGAGAAUUAAUUAAAAUCAGCGAAUUUAUCGAAUCCUGGAAGCAAAUGUCGGAAUAUGAUCUUGGUACUGUUAAGUCUGAGAAGCAAUACAUCCAAGAUGCUAUGGACCUAAAUGAUGCUGACUAUUACAGACAAGCUGUGAAUUGUAGUGACCAGUUGUUGUUUUCUGGAGAUGAAAUAAAAGCCAGAUUCCCUUGUCUGAAUAUCUUCACAGAUGAUGUAAAGCUCAUGUCAGUCAAACUCCAAGAAAUGGAUGUGAAACAGCGCAAUGCAGAUCCUCUCUACAAAAAAAAUGUUUUACUUCCACAGAAACCUAAAAUACUGGAUGUGGAACUGUUGGCUGAUGAAGUCAGACCAUUGCCCCCAGACGAACAUAGAGUAGUCACUCCUGAUGCUUUGCUCCUCAUCUCUUUAUACAAGUCACGAGAAACUGGCCGAAAUGUCAGCAGAUCCAUAUCUCUGGCCGGGAUGGGGUUAGAACAUGCCUUUGCUGUGUUGGGUCAACAGAAGCUGACAGAACUACGUGACCGUAUUUGCUGUGUUAACGACCUUCUCGUUACUGGUGAUUACAGUGAAGAUCCAGAUCUGGAUAUUAACCUGUGUGCCCGGGAUAUUUUCAAGGCUGGAUAUUUCUUCAUUGAGGACAUCUUUUAUGAUGACACAAGACAUGCUGACAGUCUAAAAUAUAGCGAUGAAGUAAUUGCAUGGGCAGCCAAAUCAGGGACCCAUUACAAAAGUCUGCCAAUGGAAGACACCAAGUUCAGUGACCUCAGCUUAAGGAUUGGUUACCCUUAUGUCUACAUGCACCAGGGUAACUGUGAACACCUGCUUGUGGUGUCUGAUAUACGCAUGCUACAUCCACACGACAGCUUCAAUAUACUCGAUUAUCCUUACUUAGUGAAACGGCCGAGCAAGAAACGAACUAUCUGCAGGAUUUGUGCUUUUGAUUCCGCAAGAUGGAUGACGGAGGGAAGUUUUAAUUCUUUAGAAGAUCCAUCAUUUUACUGUCAAGUGUGUUUUCGAUCAAUACAUUACGAUCAAAAUGGCAAGAAAAUUGGAAACUUUAAAGCCUACAAAUAUUUUGAUUCUCAUACGGUUUUAUAAAUAAAAAUAUUUCUUUUUAUUGAUCUUUUAUUUUCUA